ACGCUGACGAGCAUGGCCAACCUUGCUUUCGCGUGGAAGAGUCAAGGUCGACAUGAAGAUGCGCUAGCGUUGAUGCAAGACUGCGUGGAGGCUCGGGAGCGAGUACUCGGGCCCGAGCAUCCCUAUACGCUGUCGUCCUUAACUGCUGUAUUGAAAUGGAGUAGCUAGGCUCAUCUUAAUUCUUUUUGCUGUAUAGUGCAAUCUGAAGGCCUCUAUUCGGUUACAUGUAAAACUGCCGUAAAAGUGUCUACUGGGG